AUCCUAGGUUCUAGCCUGGCAGCCUAAUCGUCUGGGGAAGGCUCAGGAAACUAGACCACUAGUUCUCGCACCUAUUUCGCAGCUUACGGCAUCGACGCUCUUUCCCCAGUUAUUUCUUGCGCUUUUGUUGCCGUUAUUCUCUUGACAUUGCGCAUUCCCCCUGCGCGAUCCUGUUCAGUCGGGGAACAUGAGAGCAUCGAAUCCGUUAUGGUCGCUGCUUUUAGCAGCGGCCAUUCUUCUCAACAACGCGUACGCCCAACCAGAAGAUGCGACCAACGUACUCGCCAGUGUGACGUCAGCAGAGGCGUCUGCCAGCGCACCCGCUCCCGCUCCCAGUUCCGAAGCUUCCCCGUCCCUCCCAGCCGCCGGCGAUCUCACCGCGGAUUUCGGAGCCUUGCCGGCAGACGCCAUGCGUCAGUCGUUCAUUGGCGGGCCGGCAGAUCUGACGGCCGUCAGCCGGAAGAAUUGCUCACUGUCCGUUCAGACGGAAGUGGGGAGCAACUGGGAGUUCGAGAACUGCGUGUACCUUCAAUCGGGCGGCGGAUUUACCUUCCAUUGGACCUAUGACCGCCCCACUCGCAUCCUGGACGGAGCAUUCUCAGCGGACUGGGAGGGGUGGGUGGGGUGGGGGAUUGGCGUGCGCAUGGUGGGGGCCAGCGCCAUCGUGGCCUUCCGCUCGGGGGAGUCGGGGUACUAUGUGUCGCGGUACUUGCUGGCCGACUACAACGCGACUUUAAUAAAGCCGGACACUGGGGAGUUAAGCGUGGUUGCCAACAGCAUCAAGGUGCACAUUCAAGGCCCGACGGUGCGAGUGAUGUUUGCGGUGGCACUACCAGAGGAGCAGACGCCAGGGCUGUAUAUCAUCAUGGCCAAGGGCGAGGGUGGGGACCCUGCCACAGGAGCCUUAGAGCCGCACAGCCCCUUCAACACCGCGCGAACGUACCUGCGACUGGCAGGUGCCGGACCCCCCCAGUGGCUGCAGGCAGCGCACGGCCUCGUCAACCUGCUCGCCUGGGGCCUCCUCCUCCCCAUCGGCAUGCUGCUCGCCCGCCACCUCCCCCAACUCGACCCCUCCACCGCCUCCUCCUCCUCCUCGUCCUCCUCCGCGCCGCCCUCCUCCUCCUUCCCCUUCCCCUCCACGUCAGCAGUGGUCGCCACAGGCCCUGGGGCGCCGUCCUGGGUGAAGCUGCACAGAGCGGUGCAGGCGGGGGGGUAUGCGCUGGGCGCGUUUGGGUUCUUUCUGGGGCUGCUGAUGUGGGGGGAUGCGCACGAGGGGCAUGUGCGGCUGAGGGGCGUGGGGGGCGAGGAGGCCGGGGAGUUUGACCCGGGGGUACACAGGCGCUACGGCAUCACUCUCUUCGUGCUCGCUUCCUUCCAGGUGACGGCCCUCAUGGUUAUUCCGCACAAGGACGCCCUGCUUCGGCCCUGGUGGAACCUCCUGCACCACUGGAACGGGCGCGUGGUGGUGCUGCUGGGAGUGAUCAACGUGUGGCACGGCAUAUCGCUGCUGCACCCCCACUCCAUGGUGUGGUCCUUCCUCUACGGCAUUCCCUUUGGUCUGCUCCUCAUCCUCGCGUCGCUCCUCGAGGCUUUCACGCUCUGGAAGUGGCUCAUGGACGACGCUCCCACCACUUCCUUCCAGCGCUGGGUACAGUCCAUGGUUCCGCCGCACAUGCAUCGCCGCUACAUGGCACUGCACCAGGGGGCCGAAUCGGCAUCUCCUGUGGAGCUCAGCGACGGAGAGAUUGAAUUCAUGGCGUCCAAGUUCCGACAAGAGCUGGAAUACAAGUACAUGUAGACGGAGCAUGCAGCUUGUAGACUAUCAAACAGGACGUAGGGAGUGCAUUUUACUGAGUGGCCAUUUCCACACAUCGGAUCAUCCGGCAAGAGCUAUAGAAAGUUCAUUAAGUCGCCAGCUAUGUAGGAUUGGGAGAUCGAAAUUGAUGCGGUAGGAAUAAGUAGAGGCGUGGAGUGGACAUCUCCUUAUUCUAUCAACCGUAUGCCUUGUGACUUAGUCAUUUUCGCUUCUUUGCAAGUGGACAUCUAUACAC